UAUAUAGCCUAGCCAAUUAAUAAAUAUUUAAUAUAACUUGGUAUGCUUUGGUGUUUAGGCUGCUUAAGCCUUAAUCUUGUCAAUUUUAUUUAAAUCUGACUCCCUCAAGCUUUCCCCAAUAAAUGGACUACUACAAUUAUUUUCCCAAUAUAUUGAAGAUUUCUGUCUCACUGACUCACUUUGGAAAUGCAUUUUAGCAAAAUAUUUUCAAUUAUACAUAUGCAUGAUUUACGUUUAUUUUGUAAGUAAUAAAGAGCUAUUUUAAUAAAUAUUCCUUGAAUUUCAGCACUAAUUUAAGAAACUAGACAUGAGACACAAUAACAGAAAGAUAGAUGAGAACUCAUAUUGUAUGCUACUGAAAAAGUGUAAAGAAAAAUUACUAUGUGAUUUCUGUGACAAAACAUUUGAUAGCAGAUAUUCCAACAUAAUUCACAAUGCACAUCACAUUGUUAUACCUUUGUUGAAGCAAGAACUUCACCAAUGCAAAGAAUGCCUUUACCAUUUUCAAACAAUUAAAGAGCUAGUCAAUCACCUUUUAGAGAAACAUAAUCAAGUCGCAGCAUUGCAACAAACUACAAACAAAAGAAUAUAUAAUGUUCCAAGUACAAGUGCAGUAUCAACUAAAAAAAAUGAAAUUAUUAACAUUUCGGAUGAUGAAGAUAAUAUAGACAGUAAACACGAUAUUUUAGACUGUUUUAAACAUUUAGAAAACUCACCUGUGGAAAAAAAAGUUAAAAAGGGAGAUACAUCCAUGGUUAAGGGAUCACAGAGCCACAUAGAUCCUUCUAUGAAUGUCGAACCUGACACUAUAUGUAAUACCUGGAACGUGGCGAUUGAUAAGAGGGUGACGGGGUUUAAUUUGUAUGAUUCUAUGAAAGAUAUUAAGAAUGAAGAAUAUAUAUUGCCGGAUGUGUAUUACGAUGUUAAAAUUUCACCAAACAAUGAUAGAAAGAUCACUAAUUCACAAUUAACAAAUACAGAGUCUAAAAGUAUGAGUGGAAAUAACGAUGGCAUGUUACAAACAAAGUUGAAUAAAGAUAGUAAAAGGUUUUUAAGUAUAAAUUAUAAUGAGCUCACUCAAUUAUGCAAUUAUAAAUGCAAGUAUUGUCCAAAUGUCAACAUGUUCCCUAGCAGAUAUGCACUGACACUACAUCAAAUAUCACAUUUAGAAAUAGCAAACAUUCCACCCAGUCUUUGCCUCAUAUGCGACACAUAUUUUAGUCCAGCCAAUUUAAAAAAACAUAUCAAAGAAAGACAUUGCAAUAUCAUGCCGAAGUGUUGUAAACUCAACACUUGUAUAAUAUGUAAUUUUAAAUACCGUAGUUAUAAAAAACAUUUAUACAAUUAUCAUCACAGCCUGUUUAGUUGGGAGAGUUGUCCAGAGGCCAUCAGUUUGAGUAGUAUGAAUAAAUUUCAUGGAGGCAUCGCGUUGAAAACUAUAUAUCAUAUAAGUGGUUCCGACUCAGAUAUAGUUGAACUAUGUGUUAAGUGUUUCAAGAAGAUGAACAAUUCUAAUGUUAAAUGUAUAAAGGUCAGCAUAUGUAAGAAGACUGGUUGUCAGUUAAAAUGUAGUAAUUGUCAUGAUGAGUUUGUAGAGAUUAAUUUUGUGGAGAAAUGGUAUCCGGUGUUUGUGAGUCGGUUUAAGUUCGAGGAAGAUGUGAAGAAGAAAAGGAAGAAGACGAAUGAAGAUCGGUUGAGGAAUAUUCAGAUGCGAUUGAAGAUGAUUAAUAAAUUGAGUCGGUUUUAUGACUGGUUUUAUUUAUAAAGUUAAUAAAAAUCUCAAAACCCUCCAUGGGUUAACC